GCGCACUGCUGGUCUCCGCGGCGGCGGGCGAAGAUGGCGGCCUCCGGCUGGGCGAGCGCGGCCCUGGUCCUCCUCUGCGCCUCCGACCUGCUGCUGCCGCCGCUGCCGCCCAGGGCCUCCGCUGCCGAGGGCGCGGCCCGGACGCCCGGCGAGGCCAGCCCGCCUCCGCGGAAGAAGAAGGACAUCCGCGACUACAACGACGCGGACAUGGCGCGUCUCCUGGAGCAGUGGGAGAAGGAUGACGACAUAGAAGAAGGGGAUCUCCCAGAGCACAAGAGACCCUCGGCGCCCAUCGACUUCUCACAGAUAGACCCGGGCAAGCCCGAGAGCAUCCUGAAGAUGACCAAGAAGGGGAAGACGCUCAUGAUGUUUGUCACCGUGUCCGGAAGCCCCACGGAGAAGGAGACGGAGGAGAUCACCAGCCUCUGGCAGGGCAGUCUCUUCAAUGCCAACUACGACGUGCAGAGGUUCAUCGUGGGAUCAGACCGCGCCAUCUUCAUGCUUCGUGACGGGAGCUACGCCUGGGAGAUCAAGGACUUUCUGGUCAGCCAGGACAGGUGCGCCGACGUAACCCUCGAGGGGCAGGUGUACCCCGGCAGAGGCGGGGGAAACAAAGAGAAGAAUAAAACAAAGCAGGAGAAGGGCAGGAAGCAGCAGGAGGGGGCCCCGAAGUCUCGGGCCACCAAGGCUGCAAAGGAAGACAAUCGAGCUGGGAGCAAGAGGGAGGAGCUGUGAGCAGCCACCACG